CCACCAAACUGCAAGACAGACGGACGGGACUUUAAAAUACUUAAACUCGUUUUAUUCACAUGAGAAGACGGAGCGGAUCGGACCUAAGAGACCUCAGCCUUGUCUAGUCGGUAGGGUAUGGCUGUGCGGUCCAGGACGGGAUUCUACCGGCAGGAGGUAAACAGAACAGUGUGGGAGGUUCCGGAGAGGUACCGAGACCUAAAGCAGGUCGGAACUGGAGCCUAUGGAACAGUGUGUUCAGCAUGGGACCGCCGGGCGGGGAUGCAGGUGGCCAUCAAGAAACUUCACCGGCCCUUCCAGUCCAAACUUUUUGCCAAAAGGGCUUACAGAGAGUUGCGACUCCUGAAACACAUGAAGCACGAAAAUGUCAUCGGGCUGCUGGAUGUUUUCACUGCUGAAAUCUCACUGGACCGCUUACGUGACUUUUACCUGGUGAUGCCGUUCAUGGGCACUGACCUCGGCAAGCUGAUGAAGCUGGAGAGACUGUCGGAAGACAGAGUGCAGUUCCUCGUCUAUCAGAUGCUGAAAGGACUCAAGUACAUCCACUCUGCGGGGAUCAUCCACAGGGACCUUAAACCUGGAAAUUUAGCCAUUAACCCGGACUGUGAGCUAAAGAUUCUUGACUUUGGCCUAGCGAGGCAGGCUGAUGCAGAAAUGACUGGCUAUGUCGUGACGCGCUGGUACAGAGCGCCCGAGGUCAUCCUCAAUUGGAUGCACUACACACAAACUGUGGACAUCUGGUCGGCAGGUUGUAUUAUGGCAGAGAUGCUGCUGGGAAAGCCGCUGUUCAAAGGAAAUGAUCAUCUGGACCAGCUCAGAGAAAUCAUGAAAAUUACAGGAACCCCAUCUGCUGACUUUGUUGUGAAGCUACAGAGCCAAGAUGCCAAAAACUACAUCAGAAGUCUACCAAAAGUGCCAAAAAAAGAUUUGCACUCUAUUUUCUCCAAAGCCAGCUCAAAUGCAGUGUGUGUCUUGGAAAAGAUGCUUCUUCUAGACCCUGAGCUGAGGGUGAGCGCCUCGGAGGCGCUCGACCUGCCUUUCUUCAGCGAGUUCAGAGAUGCAGAGGAGGAGCCUGAGGCGCUGCCUUAUGAUCAGACUAUGGACAACAAAGACCUGCAGGUGGACCAGUGGAAACGUCACACUUUCACUGAGAUACUGACCUUCAGGCCGCCGAGGGACUCCAGAGAGACGUCACUAUAAGAGCACGCGCAUACACACACUGUGGACACGCACCUCUGCACAAACAAAUUCUUACACACCUGCACCCAGAAACUGAAUUAUUUUCUUGUUGACUUUUUUGUGUUUUUGUAGGAGUAAUGGAUAUUAUUCGUUUGUUUAAGU